CGCCUGUCACUUCCGAAAUUCAUUCUUCCGGAUACAGUGGAAUCGGAAGAAACAACCAUGGCAGAUAUCGAGGAAGCAAAAAAAGAUUUCCUACCGCCGCCAGGAUGGAAGCGCAACCCGAUUCUACUGAAAUUGAAAAAACUCGACGAGGCCUUGAGCUACAGACUGACAUUCGCGUACGAUGAAUCCUCUUGUCUCGGAGCCUACAGGCGAAAGCUUGUCGUGUUCGAGCGAUCGGCUCAUACGCUCAUCUGCUUCGGGGUCGCCUUAUUGUUCUGGUGGAUGAGCGCCUCGAUGGAGUCUCGAGCCGUCUACACCAACAUCAUUCUUGCACUCUGCAUCGAUGUAUUUGUUGUCGCCAUCGUCAAAUCUAUGGCGAGAAGGCGUCGACCGGGAGUAACGAAAUCCGCCUACGAUAAUGACCCCUCGUCAACGAAUCUCAGUUUCCCUAGUGGCUUCGUCUCCCGAGCGACCCUGCUGGCGUUGAUUCUCGCCAGCGAGGGAUUCUCACCGAUAAGCUUAUUCCUAUUCCUGCUCUGGGCGGGCGCGAUGCUUCUGACGAAACUCUUCCUAGGACGGUUUUUCCUCGGUGACGCUCUGGGCGCUGUUCCUCUCGGAUACUUGACCUAUCAAUUCAUUGAUCUUGUGUGGCUGGAUGCCGACGAUGUGAUCGCUAUGGAAGCCUUCUUCGGGGGACAGCUUGGCGAUUGAAGGGAAUUUGUUUUUCGAUGUUCCUCAUUGAUGUCCUUUGCUUUCUCGCCGAUGAGCUAUCACGGUCCUUGUUGAAGUCAUCCCACCAAAUGGCGUUUGGAUAAGGCUGUUAUUUAUUCUGUAAUAAAUGGAACAU